AUGGACGGCCCCGCUACGAAAAGCUCAUUUCGGUCCGACGAAUCAGCCAUGGUGAAGGAAGAAUCGUCAGGCCCCGGCCCAUCAGAUCUACAAAUAUUCAAAAAGGAGGAGGAGGAAGAGGAGGGAGCCAAGGAUUCCGACAACCUUCGGUUAAUGGUUAGGACAUUCAAAUUACCUGGACCCAGAAUCAUCCACAUUAGAGAGGAGCCGUUGGAGAAGACUAUUGGGGAAUGGGAGGAGGAGAGCGGACAAAGCUGGCCACCAUUGACUAAGGACGAGGCAGCAAUCGAGAGAAAGAGCGAGAAUGAAAUCGAAAAUCUCAAUAGAGCUAUGGAAGUCAGACGACAAAAUUUGCGCACCAAGGUCGCGAUCGAGUCAGGGCACAAGAAUAUGAUGAAAGAUCCCAAGGGAAAGCUUUCCGACGAUGGCACAUACCCUGGCAAAGAAGCAUACAAGUAUGCACAUAUGCUCGCCAUCAAAUCAAACUCGGCCAUCCCUCUUCUCGAUAAGAAGCAGUCCGAUUUAUUCAUGAAGAAUCGCUCAAAGAUCUUCGCAACUGAUGGUGCUGAGGCCAGUACCUAUUUUAACCUUGACUCCGAUACUCUCUAUCUCCGCUUCGAUACUCUUCCGGUCUUCGCCCACUACACUGCUAUCACACCGCUGAGCCAGGAGUUCCCUAUUACCGACAUACAGAGUAAGCAUCGAAUUCGACGAUUAGCUGUCGCAUUCUCUCGUGGGCAUGAGCUCUACUACGGUAGGCAGGACGGUGGCAUCAACGCACGCUGUGCUGAUAUCUUGAGGCAUUUCUGCAACGUCAAGGAACUCACCGUCAUCAUCACCCACUUCGAGGACCAGCCAGAUGAUGCCCACGGCUCGUCCGAUCUCUGCUUCAUGCCCCCCGUCGACGUCCACAAUGGUUUGAUGGAGUACAAGAGACACGGCCUUCCUCCUGUCGAGAGCGGCCCCUUCUUUGGAGAGCCGCUUCCUCGUGUCCUCCAUCCUGGCCUCUUCUUGAUUAGUCCGCCCCAGCUGCAUAACAUCCGCUUCGCCGCCAGAGAAACCUGGGCUAUACCUUCUUCUAUUGAAUACAAGUGCAUGGGUCCGCGGUCUUUGAAGCUCAAGCUGGAAAUGGCUCAGAAGAAUUACGCUGCGUGGGAUAGAGAGGUGCAAUUGUACCACGCUCAGCAAAUCCGUGCUGCCACUGAGAUUGCUCAUGGCGGAGGCAAUGACGGAACAGUUGGAGUCAAAGUCGAGGUCAAAGUUGAAGAAGACGAGGGUCCAGGAGUUGAGCAAGAAAACGGAGGCAGAGCACAGCGAUAA